AAUAUCCCAUGAAAAACUUUCGUCUAUCUUAAUCACCAAUAAAAUCACCAUCGAAACAACAACAGGAGGGUACGGUCACGCGAAAUAUCCACGAGAAGUAUAAUUGUGUGUAGCAGUAGCAAAUAUGAAAAGAAAACAGAAGUGAAGAAGACGCGGCGUGGUUCGCAAGGCUACGACAAGGUAAAGUCAACUAACUAUCCGGUCUCGAAGAGAAACAGAACAGAGUAGCUAAGCAGAAUCUCGAGGCAGGAUAGCCAGGAAGAGCUAGGUUAUAGCCGAGGCGAGGCGAGUUCGAGUAGGGAUGGGGCAAGGCAAAGCGCAUUGGCGAGGCAACGCUAAAGCAACGGGCCCAAAGACGUUGGGACUCGAGCUGGCUCUGGUGGCGCGUUCACCUCCCGCUCGAACGCAGUACGCUUCGGACUCUCGCGCAGGCGAGAUUGCACCAAUCCGCUCGGUCGAUCCGGCGACCACGUGCGCCCUGAACGUUCCACGGGAAUCGGCUGUGUUUUGGUGACGGGACCGGGCCACUAGGCCACGUGUUUUGCGCUGGCUUCUCACAUUCAACAGAAUUAAAGAAAAUUCUUUAAUGAAUACGCGUAUUCUUCGAGGUUUCUAGGAUUCAUAAGUGAAACAAGGACGAGGAGGGUUAAGAUAUAUCGUAAUUAUGAUCCAAUUUCUAGAUGUUUCGAUCGUGUAUGAAAUGGACAAAUUGCAGUUAAGAACGCGAUAGAGUUAUCGAGAUUAUAAAUAGACAUGAUUAUUGAGGAUAUACGGUUGUGUUAAUUUGUCGAGCAAAGGAUGUACGUAGAGGUGUGGUUGCUAUGGUGUAAUGGGAAUCGCGAGGACGGAAUUCGAUCGAGGAAGGAUAUAAUUUGCGAUUAAGAGUACACGUGGAUCGGAACGUCUCUGAGAUGGUUCCAUUUAAUCGGGAAUUAAUUCGAUCGAUCUGGAUAACUAUGGACCGUGAGAGAUACUAGUUCUAGCUCUGUUCCUAUCAUAGUGUGACGAAUAAAUGGAAAAAGAGGAUGUGGAAGUGUAGAUAAGAGAAGUAAGAUGUUCCGUCCAGAGACAAAAGGUGAAUUUUAUAAACUGAAACGCUCCGCGAAUUCCACCCCGCUGUUUCAUUAAAGCAAUUCGCUACUGUAAAUACGGAAUAUAUUUUUACUGGGUGGUCGUUUGAAGCAAUGAACGAUUGAAAAAAAGACUUGACGAGUCCAAGUUUAGAUUUAUUUUAUCCAUGUCGAGCGGCUAUACACUGGUCGGUUCAUUAGACUAUGAAGAGCGGAAGUGACGUUAUACUAUCCAUCGACAUCGUGUUUGAGCGUCAGGCUGAUCGAGAAAGGAGACGUUCGAUAAAAACAAGACGGAAAACGUCUAGUCAAGUGGCCAGGUAGAAACACGAAUAUUACAAUCCUCUUAAAGUCUUAAUGCUUCGUUAACUAACAAUAAGUAAAGCUUAGUCCAUAUACGAGAUCCAUAUCUAUCCAUUCGAACGGGAAAUUUUAUUCGUCGUAAACGAACGUUGAUCAAGAAAUCUGUUCUCACGGUUCGAAUUAACAGAAAGGUGUCGAGAACUUGAAGCCUGGUUCAAGCGACAAAGAAACGCAAUCUCAUCAUCGAGCAUCAUUCCACGAUCAUCGUUCCGAGGCGAAACCGAACGUGAUGGCGAAUGAAUUUGGAAUGGUCACGCUAGCGUGAAUCGAUACGAGAGAUACGCGCCGAUCCGUCGACACCAUUGUUUGGUAACGAUCGUCUUAUGGAUGGAUCCAUUGACUCGUGAUCCGUGUUACAAAUAGGCCAAGAAAGAACUAGACGUAGAAAGGGAAAAGAAAGAGCUAUCAAGGAAACAAGGGGAGAAGAAGGAAGGGAAAAAGGCGAGCAAAGCGUACGAACCGACCGGGAGCAGGAUUGACGGGAUGCAGAAGAAACGGUGGUGCACAAAAAACGCUUAAAGCGACAGAGAUACCGGGUUAAUUAGAUUAUCGACGGUCCCAGGGAGUUGCUCUCUGAAAGAGCUGCCAGCACGACCAUACAUGGUCCACCGGCCUACGAAGAAGCUGGAGCGUCGCGUGGGAGGUCGUGUAGCUUCCACGCUCGUUUUUACGUAGCUCGGGAAGACGGAUUCGUGUGCUCACCUUGGAACCCACACGUCGGCCGCGAUUAUUAAACAGGCUGGUUGCGCGUCUCGUUUGCGAGUACCGGUCUGUCGAUUUACUGGCAAACGACUUUUCCGAGAAGGCCAGCCAUCACUGAUCCUUUGAGUUGGUUUCACGGUUACGCGCGAUGAUCGCCGAUCUCCAAGAUUUCAAAAGCAAAACGAGUUCGUUUUAUUGCUCGAUGAUAUCAAUCGAGGUUGCAGGAGGGUACGCCAAUCAGACAUCUGCAAAGGAGGAAGAUCACGAAGAAAAGAAAAAGAAGGUUCCGUCAUCGACUUGAGAAAUUGUCGAAAGUUCGUCGAUCAGUGGUCAAGAAUAACUAGUCGUGAAAGCCGAAUCGCGUGCCAACUUUCAAUCUCGGUGCCGAAUGCCCGCUACGCACGCCAAGAUCGCGUUUAAAGCGGCGUCCGCAUCCUAUAAAUCCAGAUUUCCGCGAUUCCAGUGAACCAGUCAGCGGCUGGCCGCGUAUAUAUGUCGCGCGGCUUCUCUGCUAGAUCAUUAGACCCGCGUGGAGGAGCAUUAAGAACGAUGAAAGUGUAGCGGAGCGUGUUAUGCAAAGCAGUCGACGGAACCAGAAAAGCCUGAUCCCGCUGAUCGAUCCGCUCCUCCGUCGCCACGAAUUCGAAGCGAUCGCUGGGAAUGCGUCACGCUAUCGCGGAUCGAUUUCAAUCCUACUAUCGAUCUACCGAAGAUUAUGCAACUUCGAAACUUGAAUCAGGCUUAUGCAACGGUACAUCCACUUUGCGAUCAUAGCAGUCAUUGGUAUCAACGAUGAGACUGGUUAACGACGAAAAAAUGAUUCUGGAUACUUCCUAGUUCUUUAUCAACAACUUUCAUCGUAGUCAUCGUGCGAUAGUCUUUACGUAGGACUAGUCGUUGGUUCUUUACGAACGUUAAUCUCUUCAGGAGGAUUCCUCAGCCUGGGAUUCUUGAGAAUUGAAUUGCAAAUCGUGGUUAGACAUGGAUCGAUUCAAGGGCAUUUCGAGGCUCGCGCGGUGAUCGAAAGUCGAGCGGCGGCGCUCGACCGAUCACGGGGGACUAGGGCUGGAGCAAAUAUGUCGGUCGCAGGAACCAGGAGACUAUACAGAGUAGGCCUAGUCGCCGUGCUGGUCACCGCGUUGUGCGUGUUGACUCUGCUCGAUUCGCCGCCACAACUCCCGGAUCCACCAGCGGAUCCUCCUCCUACGCCUGGUGGCGAACCCCCGGGCACAAGAAGCAUCGUGGCUUACUCAUGGGCGCGGAGAUUGGCACUCGAUUACAGACCCUCCAAGGAGUGCGACGGUAAUGGAACGUACGGAACGACGUUAAAUACGUUCAAGUUAACCGAUGAGAAGUGGCUCGAGACAAUCCCCGGACAGCUCUUCCUGUACAGCGCCCACUUGGACCUGAGAGUGGCCGGUUACCCAAGCCUCAGGGUGAUUGGCGUUAAACGUGGACCUCUACCGACCUCUGGCCUUUUCUGCACCGUCUGGUACAAAGAGGAAGAACGUGGCAGAGCUGUCAGCGUGGAGGCACUUGUGUCGACGAUUUGGUUGGACGAGUGGGGCGAGACAGUGGAUAGCUAUGCGGGGAUCCUCGUUGGUUGUCAAUUACCACCGGAUGCAGCGAUCGAGCCGUCGAAGGUGUACGUAGGCCUGGAGCCCUGCCACCAGAAUGCUAGUCAUAGUUUAACGAUAAACGGGGAAGACAGGAACGAGGCGGAGGAACGACGUCGUCAGUUCACUCUUUGCAUCAAGGGUUUGGACUUCGACGAGGACAUCUCUCGGAAGAUCGUCGCUUUUGUCGAAUUCCACCGAAUACUAGGCGCCGAGCACUUUUAUUUUUACGUGUUCAACGUUCAUGAGAACGUGUUGAAAGUGUUGAGGCUGUACGAACGAUCGAACGUGAUCAGAUGGUUCAAUCUGACGUUGCCGGGCGAUCUACCGAACGAGAAGAUCGCUAGAAGGCGGUUUCUCAGCGAGGACAUCUGGAUCAAGAGACGUAUGGAGCUUAUACCUUACAAUCACUGCUUCUACGAUAAUCUUCAUCGAUCGGAAUUUGUGCUGCCCAUCGACAUCGACGAGGCGAUCGUUCCGGCCAGAAGAAAGAACUGGUAUGAGCUGUUGCUCGACGAGAGGAUCAAGCUUGGAAGAAACUUCAAGGACUUCGCCUCGUAUGCAGUUAGAAACGUUUAUUUCUUCCCUGAGCUGCAGACCAGAAAUCAAACCGACCGCACUAGCUUCGAGGUCAAUUCCACGAAUAUUCUGCCUGAUCUGGAUUAUCUGGAUACAAUCAGAACUGCUUGCAUCUCGCCAGAGGGUGACUCGGUGAAGAGCUUUGUCUCGACCAGGCGCGCGUUAACGGUGCACAAUCAUUACGCGCUAACCACACUGAAUCCGUCCACCAGACGGGCACACCAUUUUGAUCCGGAAGAUGUGUUAAAGCAUCAUCAUAGAGCUUGUGAUGAUAGACACUUGGACUGCGAGGAUAUGAUGGGGGACGUUAGGGUCGAUGAAUCCGCGUUGAGGUACGCGGAUGAACUUAAUCGAAGGAUGAGGACGUUUUUCAACGACUUCAAAGCAUUCACGUAGCAGGAAGAAUGAUGUAUAUAAUAAAAUAGAAUUAAU